AUGCCAGCUAAAGGUAAAUACUUCUUCAACGAAAAUGACGACUGCAGGAUAUCAGACCCGCUCUAUGAGAAGUACCGCUAUACGAGCCAGCAGCAUCCACUCCUGCUAUUGCUGCUCUUCAUUGCAAUCGUCUUCUGGACUACUCUAAUUAUAAUCUUUUUUGUCAAUGAUGAAGCACAUGAUCAUCUUGCCUUCAUUAUUGCAGUAUGUGCUGCUCUUGUCCUAUUUGCAGUCAUGUACUUACUUUUAUGUAUUGAAUCCCUAUUUCGGAGAUGGCUAACGUUGUUUGGAGUUACGAUUUGGAUUUGCUUCUUAAUCGUAGGAUAUGUAUCUCUUUUUGAAAAAGAAAAUUAUUAUCAGCUGUGGGAACAGGUGCCGUUCUUUCUAUUCAUAAUCUUCACAGUUUAUACCAUGCUACCCUUUGGGAUGAGAGGCGCUGUCAUAAUUAGCGUUCUUUCUGCUCUGUCCCAUAUUAUUGUUCUAAGCAUUGUGGUAAGCAUGACUUCUCAGGAAAAUAAGGAAUCCAUUCUGUUGCAGCUACUUGCCAACGCUGUCAUUUUUCUUUGUGGUAACUUGAUGGGUGCAUUUCACAAACGCCAAAUGCAGGUUGCUUCGUGGGAUUUGUAUAGAUACACAUUAAAGUGCAUUCAGGUCCGAAUGAAAUUGAAGAUUGAAAAGAGGCAACAAGAAAAUUUGCUUUUAUCCAUACUGCCAGCUCAUAUCUCUAUGGAGAUGAAGCUAGCCAUCAUAGAGCGACUAAAGGAAACUAAUGAUAACAGGCAAAUGCAUGACAAUAAUUUCCAUAGUCUAUAUGUAAAAAGGCACCAAAACGUUAGUAUUCUUUAUGCAGACAUUGUAGGAUUUACUCGCCUUGCAAGUGACUGCUCUCCUAAGGAACUAGUAGUGAUGCUGAAUGAACUUUUUGGAAAGUUUGAUCAGAUUGCAAAGGAGAACGAAUGCAUGAGAAUAAAAAUCCUGGGAGACUGUUACUACUGUGUCUCAGGCCUACCUGUGUCCUUACCGGUUCAUGCCAGGAACUGUGUUAAAAUGGGACUUGACAUGUGUGAAGCAAUAAAGCAGGUGAGAGAAGCCACGGGAGUGGACAUCAACAUGAGGGUUGGUAUUCAUUCUGGGAACGUGCUGUGUGGUGUGAUCGGCCUCCGGAAGUGGCAGUAUGACGUCUGGUCCCACGACGUGUCCUUAGCCAACCGCAUGGAGUCCGCGGGCGUACCUGGCCGUGUACACAUCACUGAAGCAACAUUAAAUCACCUAGGCAAAGCUUAUGAAGUAGAAGAAGGGAAUGGACACCUGAGGGAUCCUUACCUUGAAUCCAUGAAUAUCAAAACCUACUUAGUGGUUGAUCCAAGGUCCAAACAAUCCAUAUCAAAUAAUCAUCUCCCUAAAACGAGAGUUAAUGAUGGGCUGAAGAUGCGAGCAUCUGUUCGGAUGACACGUUAUUUAGAGUCCUGGGGAGCAGCCAGGCCCUUUGCCCACCUGAACCACAGAGAAAGUGUGAGCAGUGACUCUUCAAGUUCACAAGGAAGGCGAAGAAGGGAAAUACCUUUGUGUUCCACUGGACACCAGAGAACUUCCGAUAGAAAUUCAUCGCAGAAGGGAAGGAUAGAGGAAGAUAUUUAUGAUGAAAUGAUGUCAACCAUUGAGGGCCUCAGUUCAACUAAUCCAUGGUGUAGCAAAUCGGAUGACUUCUGUGGAUUUUCAUUGAUUUUUGCAGAACCCAGUCUUGAAAAAGAGUAUCGCACCAUCCCUAUUCUAAAACUGAAGAGUUACUUCGCAUGUGCCAGUUUUGUGUUCCUCUGUAUAUUUCUGAUACAGAUGUUUAUAAUGCCAAAAAAUGCAAAACUUGGAAUUUCCUUUGGCAUUGUUGCAGGCAUCAUUCUACUUAUUUUGUUUGUGUGCUUUGCUGAGAAAUGUACGAAGUGCUGCUCAGAACAGUGGCCUUUUCUUCGCCAUCUUUGUGCUAUCUCUGAAAAGGUGGAAACAAUGCCUUUACUUAGGCUUCCUUUGGCAGCCAUCAUUAUAAGUGCCUUGCUGAUUAUAGCCAUUUUUAAUUUGUAUUAUGCUUACUGCUGCAUAUUGGGGUUCAUCGCUUGCUCGGUAUUUCUUCAAAUGAGCUUCGAACUGAAAGUUCUCCUCCUGUCCAUUGCUGUGACUGUCUACCUCAUCAUUUUUAACACCCUUCAGCAGAGGAACUUGAGCUUCCAUGGCAACAGUACCAGGCUUUUCGUCAAAGAGCCAAGGAUAAUGACUAAUUUAUAUCUGGUUCUGUUUUACAUAACCCUAAUUUUACUUGCAAAACAGAUUGACUAUUACUGUCGACUGGAUUGUCUGUGGAAGAAUAAGUUUAAAAAAGAACAUGAACAGUUUGAAACGAUGGAGAAUGUUAACAGGCUUUUGCUGGAAAAUGUACUUCCAGCACACGUUGCUGCCUAUUUCAUUGGUGAAAAACGGAAUGAGGACUGGUACCACCAAUCUUACGACUGUGUCUGUGUCAUGUUUGCAUCGGUACCAGAUUUUAAGGUGUUUUAUACAGAAUGUGAUGUCAAUAAAGAAGGCCUGGAAUGCUUGCGGCUGUUAAAUGAAAUCAUUGCUGAUUUUGAUGAGCUCUUGUUAAAACCUAAAUUUAGUGGUGUUGAAAAAAUAAAAACCAUUGGAAGCACUUACAUGGCAGCAGCCGGUCUCAGUGUUACACCAGGCCAAGAGAACAACCAGGAUAAGGAAAGACAGCAUGCUCACAUUGGGAUUAUGGUGGAAUAUGGAAUUGCCUUGAUGAGUAAACUGGAUGGCAUCAACCGACAUUCCUUUAACAAUUUCCGCUUACGUGUUGGGAUAAAUCAUGGCCCUGUGAUUGCUGGAGUGAUUGGUGCCCGGAAGCCUCAGUAUGAUAUCUGGGGCAACACUGUUAAUGUUGCCAGCCGAAUGGAGAGUACAGGGGAACUCGGGAAAAUCCAGGUCACAGAAGAAACAAGUAAAAUACUACAGGAGUUGGGAUAUUCCUGUGAAUGUAGGGGACUCAUUAACGUUAAAGGCAAGGGAGAACUGAGGACUUACUUUGUUUGCACCGAGACUGCCAAAUUCCAAGGUAUGGGACUGAACUGA